UUCCAACUAUGAAGAUAAUCCCCUCUAUGCUUUUGUGGAGUUACGUCUCUCUGACGUCAUCAAAACACGUGACUCCAUCUCUGCCAGAAUACACACCUCACCACGCAUUCCACGCAGGACCAGUCCUUGGUUACCAUGGAAACAACCACGACCUAGCCUCCUAUUUGCACGGACGGCCUUCAGGAGGUCGAGCCAUGGGAAAGGUCAGAGUUCGACGGCAGGCAUCUCGAACAAUGGCCGCAAAGCAAGCGCGAUACAUGCAGAUCCCACUGUAUCGACUCGGGCUACCCGGUGGUCGUUCCUCCGUCAGCGUCAACACUCCUCUACCUUACCAUCGCAACUACUUCAAGAGUUUCCAAGCAUCACCGUUUUGGAUCAGCCCAAACCCAACAGCGAUCAACCCGGUGGCGCCACCAAACAGGGCUCGGCUUAUAUCACCUCUGGCCAGCAAACAUAUUGAGUCUCCGCCAAUCAUAUCGCCUAUAGCAAACGCAAUUGACAAGGAGCUACCAGUGAUGACGAAACAAAGCAGUACAUGGGUGUGGCCUAACAGAGCCGUCACCGGCCCAUUGAGAAGUCUGACAAUAAAAGUGAAUAAACUGUAG